GACGCGCACCUUAUCUUUUCCUUCUUUCUUUUGUUCGCUUUUGAUUAGCAGGAUUGAGCAGUAUUAGCAGCGCUCCUGUGCCUUGCUUACGUAUUUCUCAUCUCUCACAACGUGUAUAAUCAAUAUCGUCCGCGUUCUACCCGUUUCCCGCCCUUCUCGCCGCUGCAUUUGCAGCGUAAGUCUGCUCCUCCAACCGACACAAUGGAUCCCCAACCAGAUCGGGACCCCCCCUUUUCCGACUCAUCCACCCACGUUCUCCCUGCCCAUCCAGCAGGAUUUGAGUUAGCCCUCGAGGCUGAGUGCAAAGCAAGGCUGGAAGAAAUCGAAUGGCAGCGAGACGAAGAGAGCGCAGCAAUGAGAAACCGGCUCUAUUCCUUAGUCAUGGAGUACAAGAGGAGGGACCAAUCUUUUGUCGACCGAUAUACCGAGUGUCUGGAACAACUUACCCGUCGCCUCCCUGUCGUCGCCAACACCAGUCCCUGGGCGAAGCCCUGCCGUGGAGUUGCCGAGUGGGAGACGUUCUAUCGAGGAGGUAUUGCCAUCAGGUUCUAUCCCUCAACAGGUAGCAGCUUACUUGUUCCGCACGGGGAUAAUGCCGGAGGAGAGACAGUGACACCGCGCAAAUUUCCAAGCAACAUCGCCACCACAAGCGCCAAGUAUCCUCCGUACGAAUUCUCGCCGUCAUCCUCCCCGCUGUCCAGUGUCCCGUGCUCCCCCGAACCUGUCUCCAGGCUGGCUCCGGACACUCGGGAGGCACGGCCGCGCAAGCAGCUCAAGAGGCCAUUGUCGCCAGAUGAGCUCGCGUUUGGUUCAAGUUCAUCGCCCCCGGGAGCUGCGGGACAAAAGACGACGAGUUGUCAUAUACCACAGCAAGAGCCCGGCUGCGAACUGUUGUCAACCCACGACCAAAAGCAGUCCACACAGUCCACGAAAACCAACCAGCGCGCUUCAACACCUACACAGCAACCGCCAUCAGUGUUCUCAGCCCCCCUUCCCUGUUUGAAGGUUGACCGGCGUGUUCCCUGCCUCGAAUGUCGUAGACGGAGGGUGAAGUGUUCCCGCGGCAGACCCCGGUGCCGGGAGUGCAAGCGCCAAGGCAACCUGUGCAGAUACCCCCUCCCUUCGCCUACUAGGACCUCUCGCCAGGAUUUCGAACGGCCUCCGAGCGUAUCCAUGGCAAGUUUGUCUUCGAAAAAAUGAACAGCGGCUGGUUGAUACGCGAGGCUACUCUUCUUCGGUUAGAGGUCUCCUCGCUUGGCAAGGCCAAUGAGGCGCUAAGUAAG